AUGCAGUGCCUUACAACUGCCCUCGAACAAAAGGGUGAUUUUGAAGAAGUCGUCCGGACUACUGCUGCUUUUGUCUCUCUGGCAACGCCACAUACGACUUCCGAAGAAGUCAAGGACUGGUGCCAGCCUCAGCUGCUCAGUGAAGCCAAAUCCUUUCAUAGGAAGAUAUAUCCAACAACUGGAGACGAUGCAAAACGGCUGGGAAAUCUCUAUCCCAGGACGAUAAGUACCAGCCGUCAAGUGACCGGGACAUCAAGCGAAACGAGGAAAGAUGGCCCAUCCCUUUCAGACUUUUCCACAACUAAAAGGGACCCGUUACUUCCAUGCCACAUCAUUCCUUUUACCAAAAAUAGAGACUUCCACGAUCGAGUGGAGGUGCUACAGAUGAUUGAAAAAUGCUUAUCACUGGUGGACGAAGAUGGCCUUGAUAGGAAGGAGCUGAGAACAUUUGCGUUGUGUGGCCCUGGUGGUAUGGGCAAAACGCAGGUUGCUAACGAAUAUGCCAUCACCCAUAUGGAUACCUACGAAGCAAUUCUAUGGGUUGAUGCAGAAGAGCCAACAACACUGAUGGAUGAAUUCAGUCAACUCGCUGAGCAUCUUGGCCUGGUGUUGGAAGGCUCACCGGAUGCAAGAGAUCAGGCCCUAACUCGAGAGCUUGUCAAGGGGUGGUUGGCCAAGCCAGUGAGAUCGUAUAAUCGUACCGACAAUAGUGCUGUGGAAGAGGUCCCAUGGUUGUUGGUAUUUGACAACGUUAACAACCCGGAUCUCCUAUCAGACUUGUGGCCACCGGACGGUAGCACCGGGUCGAUCCUCAUUACCAGCCGUGACAACCUGGCAAAGACACAGUUUUACCAAAUUAAAAAUGGAAUCGACUUGCCACCAAUGAGCCAAGACGAUGCUUCAGAUCUCUUGCUCAAGCUAACCUGGCGGGAAAAUGAUCCUGAGGAGCAACGGCUAAGCUUAGACGUUGCAGACAUCCUGGGCGGGCUGCCGCUGGCACUCACUCAAAUGGCUGGAGUAAUGAUUCGGCAAAGUCUUUCUUUUGCGAAUUUCCUUAACAGGUAUGGAGAAGAAGAAGAGCACGCAAUUCUCUUCAAUCUUUCUCUCGAACCGAAACAUAAACGCGCCAACUACGGCCACACCCUGGCAUCGGUAUGGUCUUUAGAAAAGCUGGAAUACAGCUCUGGUCUGUUGGAUGUCAUGGCAUUCCUAUAUCCUACCGGCAUUCCUGAGAAAUACCUUGAGGGUGCUGUCGGCACGACACGUCUAACCGACUACCCAAAAACCGUGACCGCAUACCAAAAUGCGCGAAGCGAGCUGCUCAAGUCCUCCCUGGUCAUGACUGACCGAAGUUCUUCCAAUCUUACUAUACACCGUCUUAUACAAGACGCAGCAAGGGCUAGAAUGGAUACGUAUCGUAUCACUACAGCCUUUUCAGAUGCUGUGGAUAUCCUUCGGCUGUUUUGGCCAGAGGCAGAACGGGGUGUUCGACACCAUAUUGCGCGUUGGAAGGACUGUGAGGUAAUCUCACUUCAUAUUGUACGCCUCAAGGAUCAUUUUCUACGGGCGCCGAAAGCAUUAAAGUUGAGAUGGUCGGGGAAUUUAAACUUUGCCAUGUUGAUCAAUGAGCUUGAGGCCCGAAAUCGACAGGAGAAGAAUACAAUCACAAGAGAGGAUGGCGAAAGAAUAUUUUUCCUUCUCUCCGAAAUCCACAACAACAUUGCAGGCUCUGCAACCGAGCUGAAUGAUCCAGAUAAAGCAUUACAUCAUUUCGAGAGAUACAAUCAACUGCUCAGAGACAGAUACGAGAAAACCGAGGACGUAUUCGAUUCCAGACUGACCAGCUCGUAUUAUAAUUUAGGGAUGAGCUACGCAAUGAAGAAGGAUUAUGCUAAUGCAGUCAAAUACAUCGAAAUAGCCCUUAAGGAAGCGGGACGCCUACAAAACCCUGAAAGUGUCAAAGCUGCUAGGAGCCUGGGACUGAUAAAUCUUGCCCUAACGCUAUGGCUUAUGGGUCGCCACGAAGAGGCUUCUUCCAUGCUAACGACGGCCUUGCGUGAAAGGGAGGAAUUACUGGGUUCCAAUGACCGGGAUUCAAUGAUCACGGGUCGAGUUUUAUACGGCCUGGGAAAUGUGAGACAUUCUCAAGGCUUACUUGAAGAAAGCCUACUUUAUCACGAACGCGCUCUUCUACAUUUCAAGGAAACAGUGGGCAGCAAUCAUCAUCGAACUGGGAACUCGUGCUUCAAAGUCGCUCAACAUUACUCUCGAAUAGGAAGAUUGUCAGAAGCAAUUAAUCUUCUGGACCAAGCAAUCAAGAUCCUCGAUCGUCACGAAUGCUACGUUCCCGAAAAAGGACGCGCUACGUUAAUGAAGGGCAUCGUGUUACAGCAACAGUCCAAGAGCGAAGAGUCAAAGAUCUGUUUUCAACGGGCAGCAGCUCUGUAUGAGAUUGCUAGCAAGAGAACUAUCAUUGAGGAGGAUUUGACGUUGCAGGAUUUUGAUGCGUAUGUUCAUAUAUGGGGUCGGUGA